UUCAGAAUUUAGUAAGAUUUUCUCAUUUCCUGUCCAUAACAACGUGGACCACAUAGGCCGAAACUUGAUUGCUUUAUGAGUUUCUUUGGUAUUACAAGGAUGGCAUCUGCUUCGGUACUGAGGAGACUAACACAACGAGCUGAUGAAGCUGAAAAGAUCAUCACAGAACUAAAGGCAACCAUAGAGCUUAUAAAGGAUAAGGCUGCUGUUGUUGAAAGUAAACCUGAGGAAGAAAGACUGCGCAAGGAAAAUACGAAGUUGAGAACAGAGAUUGAUGUGUUGAAGACCCAGCUCGUUCUUUCAGAAAUAAGAAAUGGAGUGAAACAGGUUGCCCUGCCUUCCCAGACAGUUAUAGCCCAGUGUGUGGACAAGGCUAGAGCCAAUGUCACAUCCUCAACACCUGUUGUUGAGAAGAAAGCAGAAGUGGUAGAGAAAACUGAAAAUGUCAAGGAUCAGCAAAAACCCAAUAAAAAGGGCAAGGAGGCUGCCAAAUCUGGAGAAGCCAAACCAAAGAAAGGCAAGGCAGCUGCAUCUGGUCCUGUUGAACCAGAAAAGCUAGAUAUUUCCCGACUGGACCUCCGAGUGGGAAAAAUAGUCGAGGUAGAGAAACAUCCAGAUGCAGACUCACUGUACAUUGAAAAGGUGGAUGUUGGAGAGGAUCAACCACGGACUGUUGUGUCAGGACUUGUUAAAUUUGUCACCUUGGAGGAGAUGCAGGGCCGAGUGGCUGUAUUUAUGUUGAACCUGAAACCUGCCAAGAUGAGGGGUGUGCUGUCCCAGGCUAUGAUAAUGUGUGCCAGUACUCCAGAGAAAGUGGAGAUCCUCAACGUACCACAGGGGGCACAGAUAGGGGACAAGAUUGUGGCUGAAGGUUACUCAGGUGAACCAGAUGCCAUGUUGAACCCAAAGAAAAAGGUGUGGGAGGCAUUGAAACCAGACUUGAGAACAAAUAAAGAUGGUGUGGCUACCUGGAAAGGUGCUCCAUUGAAAAUUGAAGGAAAAGGUCAAAUCGUAGCUCCAUCAUUGUGUGAUGUACAGAUCCAGUAGGAUCUGGAAGUUCAAUUUCUGAAUGUUUAAAUAUUUAAGAUUUAACAAAAUAAAGGUCAUUUGAUGGUUUAACAGCUGUA